AUGUCACUUCCCAACGUCGAAGCAUCUCUCCCCAAGCACUGGGGCUUGUUCUAUGGCGGCUCAUGGCACGAGCCGCAGGAUGGCGAUCACCGGGAGAUAUUCAGUCCCGGUGACGGGAAAGUCAUCAGGAAAGUCGCCUUCGCUGGUGAGAAAGACACCACUGCGGCCAUAGAGGCGGCACACGCAGCAUUUCCCGCCUGGAGAGCAGUGCCGUCGUUGGAACGAGGCAAGAAGCUCAGGAAGGUGGCCGACAUCCUGCGUGCACACGCAGAUGAGCUGGCCCUCCUCGAUGCUUUCAACACUGGCAAUCCAGUGGUGAUGAUGCGAGGUGACGCACUUUCAGCAGCCGACACGGUGGAUAUGUUCGCAGGUCUCAUCCCAGCCGUCCAAGGCGAGACCACUCAUCUCGACGAUUCAACCUUCAACUACACCAUCCGUGAGCCAUUGGGGGUGGUCACACGCAUUGUGGCUUCCAACCAUCCACUGAUGUUUGCUGCCAAUCGCCUCGCGGCGCCUCUUGCCAUGGGAAAUACAGUGGUGAUUAAGGCCCCAGAGCAAGCACCUCUCUCGGCGCUCCGUCUGGCUGAACUCCUGGAGGGUGUCUUCCCCCCCGGCGUCCUGAAUAUCUUAGCUGGCGGCCUCGACUGCGGAAAGACUCUCUCAACACACCGGCUUGUCAGUAAGGUCACGCUUAUCGGUAGUGUCCCUACGGGUAAAGCGAUCCAGAAAGCAGCAGCAGACACGUUGAAACUAACGUCGUUUGAACUCGGCGGGAAGAAUGCCCUGAUCGCAUAUCCCGACGCAGAUCAUGACCGCUUAGUAGACGCUAUCAUCGCAGGAAUGAAUUUCGGCUGGUGCGGCCAAUCUUGUGGCUCGACCUCAAGGGUUUUCCUGCACGAAUCACUCCAUGACAAGAUUCUGGACCAAGUCCGUGACAAAAUUGCCACCAAGUUCCGCCCGGGAAACCCUAUCGACCCAAAGACAACAAUGGGGGCACUAGUGAGCCAGGCCGCACAGGAUCGUGUGUUAAGAUACGUCGAUAUCGGCAAGAAGGAUGGUGCCCGUCUUGUACUUGGUGGUAAAGUCCCUGACAGCACCGACACGCAAGGCGGCUACUUUGUCGAACCCACCAUAUUUGCAGAAGUCACUCAGAGCAUGCGCAUCGCCAACGAAGAGGUGUUCGGGCCUAUCGUAUCGAUUCUGAAGUGGACCGACGAGGAGCAGCUGUUCAAAGACGUCAAUGCUGUCGACUAUGGUCUGACAGGUGCGGUGUUCACGUCUGAUAUCAAGACUAUGCAGACCGCGGUACGUCGUAUCGAGGCCGGAACUGUCUGGGUAAACACAGUCGGGACACAUUUUUUCAGCAUGCCAUUCGGUGGAUACAAGCAAUCUGGAAUUGGACGGGACGAUUGCUUUGAGGAGUUGCGUGACAUGACACAGUGCAAGGCUGUCCACGUCAAAUUAUAG